UUUACAGCACAGAGAUCCAGCCAUGGCACCUACAAUCACUUCAGAGAUUAAUAACUGUAAGGAGCACCUGACUCUGACAAACAAGCUAAGAAAGCCAGUGGUGGAGAAGUUUCGCAGAGAUCGUAUCAACAACAGCAUUGAGCAACUCAAGUCUCUCCUGGUUCCAGAGAUCCUCAACCAGCAGCCCGACUCCAAGCUAGACAAAGCCGACAUUCUGCAGAUGACAGUGUGCUUAAUGCAACAACAGCAACAGAACCAGCCAGUGAGCUUAUCCUCCUCCUGCUCAGCACCUGUCAAUUAUGUUUACUCCAGGUGUGUCCAAGAGAUUGUUCACUUCCUGUCAAAGGAUGAGGUGACGACAUAGUCCCAGAGAAGACUGCUAUGCCACUUCCAGAGCCUGCAGCCAUCCUCUGAUAAGAACAGCAGGGAGAUUGACCUGCCUCCGCUGAGCUCCCCAGCCCAGCACAGCAUCAGCAAAGAGAAGAGUCCUGUCAACAGCGCCCUCUGGAGGCCCUGGUAGAGUCCUACAGACUGGAGCUCCACUCAGACAAACACAAUGGACCAUGUUGGUCUAAGAUUAUUUUCAUGGACAGUAAUAAGAAUAAUAAGAGAUCUUCUUCUGCUUCUGCAGGAGUUUUUAAAGGUUUGGUGUGAUUGAGACAUUUCAUUUCAGUUGUAGUACGUUUUUCCAAGAAAACAAUCUGAUCGAUAAAAACAAUAUUUUUGUAGUGUUAAUUAAAAUCAUGAUAACCUUUGUUUUGUGAAACGUGUUGGUUACAUUGGUCAUGUCUUUAUAUUCAUGAUCAACAAUAACUUUAAUGGUCCUCCAUGAGAAACGUUAACCCAAAAUUGAUGUUAUAUCAUCAAUCUGUUUGUGAUUAUCUAUGACUGAUCUGUUUUUAAGGUCAAAAUAUGAGAGUUAUUUUUGUUACCACUACAUUUGUGUAGUGAUAUCGUCAUAUUGAUAUUGUAUUGAGCAUCUUCUGUGAAGCAUGUAUUAGUUGUAUAUUUGAUAUUAAUCAACUUGAGCUACAGCAUCAAUGUUCCUCCAGGAGGAUUAUUUACCCAAACUGGGUACUAUACCUGUUUUCAUCACUCUGUGGUUAGCAAUAUUUAAUAUGUUUUAAGAUCAGACUUUAUUUGUGAAAUUGUUGCUCACAUUAUUUGAAUAAUGUGUUUAUUGUAAAUGGGAGAAAAACAUUUAUAAUUGAAAAACCCUUGUUUAUUUUAAACAAUUAUGUUUUAUUUUAUAAAAACAGUAACUGUGUAUCCUAUACUCUGAUAGAGUAUCAUGUCGUGGAGAUUUGUUCAAGUUCUUGUUGUGAUGUUUAAUCACUUUAUUUCUCUUGAAAUAUUUACCUUAAAUUACGGUAUUGAUGGUGUGACUCAUUGAGUCAGUCUGAAUGAAUACACAAAUCAUCAAAUUAAUUAUUAUUGUCUGUUGCUUUAUUAUUUUAUUGACAAAGACAAUCCUCCAACAACAUUACAUGGUUAAAUGACUGAUUAAUGAAAUUCCACAUAGAUUGUGGCUGAUGCAAAAACAAAACAAAAUUAU